GCGCCCGGGCCAUACAACGUUGGCACCGCUAGCUCUCACUUGGCAGCGCACUGUCACUACUUAUUCUCUUUCACCGUUGUCUACCACAUUGCUGGCGCAGUCUGUCGUUGAGCUCGUCAAAAGUUGCAGAAGGAAAUACAUAAAUCUUUGCACGGCCACGGGACGACUGCGCAAAGGCCGUUCGAUCGUGCUGAGUACCCGCUCACCGUCGCUCAUUCUUAUCAGCACAGGUGCAAUAGCUUUUUGGGGGCGGAAAAGGGUUGCUUGCAACUACUAGGACGAUGGUUCCAAGGAUGCUCUCGCUUCCUAUUCCUCUCGCUCUCCUUCUGUGGCCUAUUGCGCUAGCACUCGGUCAAGGAUCUCUCACUCCUCCACCGAUAUCUGCGCCCGAAUCUAGCCCUUCUGUUUCUGCUUCGCGAACAUCUUCAUCAGCAUCGUCUGCAGCGAAUGGUACAUCUAGUGUCAAUGCAACUUCCAUUGCCAGUGCGACGAGCAGCGCCAACUUUCCCAGUCUGAGCGGGUACUCCCCUUGUGUUGCGAACUGUCUGGGGAUGGCAGUUUCAGAAACUGGUUGUAAUAGUUUAGUCGACGUGCAAUGUUUCUGCACCAACACCACUCGUUUUACACGUUCUAUCGUGAACUGCAUUUCGUCCGAAUGCCCAGGCGACUUAACCAAUGCGGAGACACUCUCCCAACAGUUUUGCAACGUUGCCAGUCCCAGCGUCUCACUGUCUUUCCCUUCACCUCUCCCAACACAAUCUUCUUCCUCUUCUCCUUCCUCCAGCUCAUCGCGGUCGGCUUCUUUGACAUCUUCUGUGCCAAGUGUACCGACAUCGAUUAACACAAGCGUUCCUACGACGACGCCAAGCGGGUCUGGUGCUCUCGGAAUAUUCGGGCAAUUGUCUGCGGAUAAUUUGGUUGGAGCGGUGGUAAUAGCGUGGAGUCUGACUUUGUUCAGUUCUGCCCUUUCUUGGUGAGGACCCGAGAGGUUGAGAGGCGGAAACCGUUGAUUUACUUCGGGGUUGCUCGUGAGUCGUGCGUUGUACAUCAUGACUUGGACCUAUUGCUUUUACUUCACACAGACAUUCAUUCGCGUAUCUCCCUUUUGUAUACCGUAUCUAAUACCUUCCCAUUUUCGCACGUACGUACAGCAUCUCAUAUACCCUAGCAUAGUCGACUGUUCAAGCGUAUGGUACUCGAGUGCAAGCUCCACGCUGGCAAUGGCGAGACAC